AUGCGCGAAAAUCAAGCCCGAAGCUGGAAGAAGUGGAAAUAAACCGAGUGAGAAAUGAGUAAAAAAGACAACGGGGCUUCGCUCAUCCUCGCCUACCUGAACGAGAAGAAUCGGCCUUACAGCGCUCAGGAUGUUUUCUGCAACCUCCAGAAGCAGCACGGCUUGGGCAAAACGGCCGUGGUCAAAGCCAUGGAGCUGCUGGCUCUGGAAGGGAAGAUAAAGGAGAAGACGUACGGCAAGCAGAAGAUUUACUUUGCUGACCAGGCUCAGUUCCAAGACGUCAGCGAGGCAGACCUGAAGGCGAUGGACGGUCAGAUCUCGGCGCUCAGCGCGGAGGUGCAGUCCCUCACCCAGAGCUGCAGGCAGCUGGAUGCAGAGCUGAAAGAGCUGAACAGCUCGCUCACCACGGAGGAGAUGGUGGCCGAGAUCAAGGAGCUGCGGGCGGAGUGUGCAGGAUACCGAGCGCGGCUGGACAAGAUCAGAUCUGCCACCAAUCACGUCACGCCACAGGAGAAAGAGAAGGUUUAUAAAGACCGAGACGUUUACGUCAAAGAGUGGAAAAAGAGGAAGAGACUGGCUUCAGACAUGAUCAACGCCAUCCUGGAAGGUUAUCCAAAGAGCAAAAAAGAGUUCCUGGACGAGGUGGGAGUGGAGACCGACGAGGACUGUAAGGUGGCCGUUCCUCCGUCCUGAGUGUUCAGGCAGCCUCUACUAAGCAGUGGAUCUCACACACACACACACACACACACACUUACCAGAGCAGCUGGAAACACAGCACAAACUUUAUUUAAGGCGUCUUUUGGGAACAAAAGGUACAACUUUAAUAAAAGUUUAAGAGAAGAUCUGUACAAAAACAGGUGAUCUGGGAGCAGCGUCACGGCGUUCGACAGCACUGAAGGACCAUCCGUUCACUUCUUUUUAAAGCCUUAAAAACUUCAGUUAUUUUUUCUUUCUUGUACAUACUUCCUGAAUAAAAAUCAAAUGUAUAAAAGAUGAUUGUUAGCUUGAGAAUAAAAUGUUCCUUUUUUUUUUCAUUUAUCCAGACUGUUAUAUGAUUUGUCCUCUCCUGUUCUCCUGCACACUUCUGUAGU